AUGGUCACGGUCGUCAUCAAGAACCCCUCCGCGUCGUCGCCAGGCGACUUCAGGACGCGAGUGCGAGCGGCGGGCACGGUGGGCGACGUGAAGCGACAGCUGCAGGAAGAGUACGCGGGACACCCCGACCCGUCGCGACAGAAGCUGAUCGUCGCCGGCCAGCUCGUGAAAGACUCGCUCCUCGUCCGCGACAAGAACCUGAGCGAGCCCCAGGUGAUGCACCUCGUCGUCUCUUCCGCUCCCCCCGGCACCUCCUCCGCGCCGUCCUCCGCGCCCUCUUCCGCGCCCUCCACGACUCACUCCAGCCGCUCCGUCUCCCCCACGCCCUCCUCCUCCGCGCGCGCCCACUCGCGCGCCACCCUCCCUGCCUCCAACCUCGCGCUUGCUCCUUUCCCUGCCGCGCCUGCGCCAAUCCCUGCGCCCGCCGCCGCCGCCUCACUGCAGCGCGCAGGCGCUGUCCCGGGGUCCGGGCAGGCGCACGCAGUGGAGGCGGACGGGCCGGCUGUAGCGCCGGCCGCUGCAGCUGCGGCGCCCGCUGUGGCUGCUGCAGCCGCGGGUCCUGGCGCAGCGGAUGGGGGGCUUACAGCGAGCGGGGGAGAGGCAGGAGGGCGAGCACCCACAGCAGCACCCACAGCAGCAACAACAGCUCCAGCUGUUACGCAGGCCGCUGCCGCUGCUGGGGGGGGAGAGCAGCAGCAAGCCAUCCUUCAGCUGCUCGGUGCGCUGCAACACACUGCGCCCACUGGCCUGCCGCCUCUGCCCUUCUCGCCUCUCAUGGCGCCGCCCCUGCCGGCCCUUCCGCCGCCAUACUCGCCUUUCACGCUGCCGCCCUUCAUGCUGCCUGCUGACUCUUCCAUGCCUGCAUCAGCCCUCUACCCACCUUUACUGCACUCCCCUCUGCUCCCCCUCUCCAUGCCGCCCAUGCCCUUCCCCUUCGCUUUCCCUUUUCCCUGGCCCUCCCCUCCGCCCAUGCCCAUGCCGGGUGAUCCCCUCGCACCCAUCGCCUUUGCCCCUCCCAUGCCUCCCUUCGCCUUCCCACCCACCAUGCCUCCUCCGCACCCAUUCGCCAGCAACGGCAACAGCCCUGCCCCCCCUGUUGGCGCGCCUGUGCACACCCACCCGCACCACCCACCCACUGUGGGCCUCGCACCACCACCGCCCGCACCAGCGGCAGCACCUUUGCCUCAGGCAGGGGCAGCACAGCCCCAUCCCGCCGCCCCUGCUGCAGCGCCAGGUGCCGUGGGGGAGGAGGCGGCAGCAGCGGCGGCCGUGCAGCAGCAUGUGCGGCAGGCGGGCGCAGUGGGAGGGGUGGAGGAGGAGUGGCAGCAGCAGCUGCAGCAGCGGCUGCAGGCGGUGAUGCAGGCAGUGCGGCAGCAGCAGAUGGCAGAGCACCACGCUGCCAUGGCCGCUGCUGCUGCUGCCGCCGCUGCUGCACAGAGGGGGGGCGCAGGUGGGCUUGCAGGAGUGCCAGGAGGAGGCAGGGCGGCAGGAGAUGCAGCAGGGCAUGUGGGGGUGGGGGGGGCGGCAGCAGUGGAGGGCGCGCCUAGAGUGCGGCGCAUUCAGUUUGCGAUCCGCAUCGACCUCAUGCUGCUGCUCAAGCUCACGCUGCUCGUCUAUGUGUUCGGCCAGGGCGGGGGCUACCGCCGCUUCUUUGCCCUCAUCGCUGCUGCUCUCUUCAUCUACCUGUACCAAGCGGGCGUGCUGGCGCCGCUGCUGCGAUGGCUCUCCCACCGCGCGCAGGCCGCCAUGGGCCUGCCUCCCCACCCCCCCCACGCCGCUGCUGCCCCCCACGCUGCUGUGCCACCUCAGGCUGGAGCCGGGGCUGCAGGGGGUGGGGGAGGGGCGGCAGGGGUGGAGGGAGGUGUCGGCGGGGCGGCAGGUGGUGUGCAGGGCCAAGCAGGCGCGGCAGCGACGGUCCGCGCGCCGCUCGUGGCGGCUGUCAUGGCGUCCACCCACUCAGACGCCGCGGACUCCCAAUCGGACGGCUCAGAUUCUCCAAUUCUCGUGGAGCGACCGGGUCCGUCCGAUGUGACUACGGUUGGCGAACUGGCAGACAGGGAGGCCGCAGGGGGCGCAGCCGCUGGCGGGGCGGAGUCGAAGGCGGACGACUCGUCCGCGGAACCACCAUGCAGCGAUGGCGCGCCCGGCGAUCCGCGGAAGGAACGCGCGGAGCCCCCGGGGCAGGACGAGGCGGAAUCCGCAGCGGCGCUGGUGUCGCCGUCGAAAGCGCACGGGCGAGAGAGAGGCGCGGCGGGGUCGGGGCAGGGCGAGGUGGCGGCGGCUGUGGGGCAGGUGGCGGCGGGCGUGGCUGCGGGCGUGGCGGGUCUCGCGAGCAGCGCGGGCGCCGAGGCAGCCGCCGUCGUGAGCAGCCUGGGCGAGCGGCGCGUGGAGCAGGUGACAGGGCUGAGCACGGGCUUUGUGUCGCUCUUCAGUGUCUUUGACUCCGCUAUCGCCUACCCCUUCGACAAGCCCACUGCUCCCGCCGCCGCCGGGGGUGGCAGCAGCGCAGCGCAGGCAGAGGCGCACAAGGCCAGGGGGGGCAGUGAUGGCAGGGGGACGGGGGGCGCGGAGGAGGAGGGGCAGGCAGGGGCGGAGGGCAGUGCGCGGUCGCCCCACCCGUCCAGAGCCAUCGACCUGCAGGCCAUCUUUGGCCUCCCCACCCAUGAGACCCUGCUGGAAGCCUUCCCCUGUCGGCUGCUGCAGCUGUACCGACCAGUGUACAACACGUUCACGCCCGACAUGCGGAGGGCCUUCAGGGGCACGCUCUACAUCACACACCAGCACGUCUGCCUCUGCCUUGACGACAUUCACCAUUUUCCCACUCCCUUCCCCCCGCCAUUCCCGCCCUUGUUCCUUUUCCUUGCCCACUUCCAUGCCCUUGCCCACUCCCCUCCCCACAUUCCUCUCGGUGCUGCCCGGGGCCGUGCCAUGUGUGGGCUGGGGGGGGGCGUGCCAUGUGUGGGCUGGGGGGGGCCGUGCCAUGUGUGGGCUGGGGGGGGGCGUGCCAUGUGUGGGCUGGGGGUGGCCGUGCCAUGUGUGGGCUGGGGUGGGGCGUGCCAUGUGUGGGCUGGGGUGGGGCGUGCCAUGUGUGGGCUGGGGUGGGGCGUGCCAUGUGUGGGCUGGGGUGGGGCGUGCCAUGUGUGGGCUGGGGUGGGGCGUGCCAUGUGUGGGCUGGGGUGGGGCGUGCCAUGUGUGGGCUGGGGUGGGGCGUGCCAUGUGUGGGCUGGGGUGGGGCGUGCCAUGUGUGGGCUGGGGUGGGGCGUGCCAUGUGUGGGCUGGGGUGGGGCGUGCCAUGUGUGGGCUGGGGUGGGGCGUGCCAUGUGUGGGCUGGGGUGGGGCGUGCCAUGUGUGGGCUGGGGUGGGGCGUGCCAUGUGUGGGCUGGGGUGGGGCGUGCCAUGUGUGGGCUGGGGUGGGGCGUGCCAUGUGUGGGCUGGGGUGGGGCGUGCCAUGUGUGGGCUGGGGUGGGGCGUGCCAUGUGUGGGCUGGGGUGGGGCGUGCCAUGUGUGGGCUGGGGUGGGGCGGUGGGGCAGAUAAAGCUGGAGGCAGCGGAGGUGGCGGGGGUGGGGAAGCAAGCAGCCAAGCGGGGCGACAGCAGCGACCAGCUCAAGAUCGACCUCUCAGGCGCGCACACCUCGGUGGGUGCUGUCGGGGGCGCACAGCUCGGUGGGUGCUGCGGGGGGCUCUCAUCCCUCCACCCACCCUGCCCUGAUCGCCACUGCCUAUGUUUCCUCUGUCGCAUUUCCCCCCUCUCUCUGGCUCCCUGCCUCCCUCUUCCCCCUCCCUUCUCUCCCUCUUCCCCCUCCCUUCUCUCCCUCUUCCCCCUCCCUUCUCUCCCUCACCACCUCUCCCCCAUGUUCCCCUCACCCCCGCACCCCCGCACCCCCACUGUCCACCACAGCUACUGCUGCAGGACUUCGCCUCCCCUGAUGCGCUGGACAGCGCCCUCGCUCUCCUCGAACACAUCACCUCCUGAUGCCGCCCCGCCUCACAACCCACCGCUUGCCUCCCGCUCCAUGCCGCCCCGCUUACGCUGCCCCGCCUCAUGCCGCCCCGCUUACACUGCCCCGCCUCAUGCCGCCCCGCUUACACUGCCCCGCCUCGUGCUGCCCCGCCUCAGCCCUUCACAGAGUGGGGUCAGCCGCAGGUUGGGCUCUUGGGGUGCAUGUGUGCACCACAUGGGAUGA